AUGUCUGAGCGGAUCUUAACACCGGACUACAUAUUACAACAAGCCCUGGCUGCGCAUGGUACGGCUCUAUCUUCCUACUUGCAGGACAAAGAUGUCCCCGGCAGUGCGGCAAUUUCUCAACAGAAUGGCGACUCCUGUCUCACAAUCGUUGGCUGCGGUACUAUCGGCACGGCUAUCUUGGGAGGCAUACUGAAGUCACUGGAUGUUGCCUCGAAUUUUGGGAACCAAGAAAACAUAGAGACUGUGGCCUCCAAGUCAGCUUCCAGACGACUGCCAAAGCGCUUCAAUGCUUGUGUACGGAGUUCUGGAAGUACGAAGCGCAUACGGGAAGCACUGGAGCAUUACAGCAGCUUUUCGACCGUGGCUAUCCAUGACAGCAAAACCCUCGAGGCCGUUAAGGAUGCAGAUACCACUCUGCUCUGCUGCAAACCUUACCUGCUGGAAGAGAUUUUGCAAGAGCCUGGCAUGGCCGAAGCACUUGCUGGCAAAUUACUUAUCAGCGUCUGUGCCGGUGUGACAGAAGAGCAUAUUGCCACCCUUUUACCACGUGGGAACGGCAGUCCAUACUGCACGAUUGUGUGCGCGAUGCCCAAUACUGCAGCUGCUAUUGGCGAGAGCAUGACCGUGAUCAGCAUACCCAGCACAAUCCUCGCCGAAAACGAGAAAGCCAUAGUAGACUGGAUCUUCAACAGCAUCGGUCGCGUGAGCUAUAUCCCACCCCAACUCAUGGACGUAAGCACGGCUCUGUGCGCCUCUGGGCCAGCUUUCGUCGCUGUGAUGGUUGAGAGCUUAGCAGCUGGCGCCAUGGCUCAAGGCUUACCACGAGAUCAGGCCUAUAUGAUGGCAGCGCAGAUGAUGCGUGGGACGACCGGGCUACUACUGCAUGGCGAACAUCCUGCUGUACUACGUGAUAAGGCGACGGACAUCUUCAUCACCAUCUCCAUGGCGUACGUGGAUGCGGUCCGGUUUGGCUCUGUAGUCGGAGAGUAA